AUGGUUGACUACUACCAUCAGCCGCCGUCCUACCAUCCGGGCCAGCCCGGCGGCCACGACUACACCCAGCAGGAGGAGGAGUGGGACCGCGAAGGGCUCCUCGACCCCGCCUGGGAGAAGCAGCAGAAGAAGGUACUUGAGGAUGAAAAAUGCGCUAAAAUUUGACCCUAAGGGUUUUUUUUUUGUGAUUUAUAUGAUUCUGGGGAAUAUUUUGGGCUGAAAAAUGAGCUUUCUGUUGGAAAAAUGAACAGAUUCGUGAUCUUAAUUCUGAAAAAUGUGUAUAAAAAUCGACUUUCUCCGUUUUUUUAAUUCGAGAAAAAAAGUUGAGCUGAAAAUCGAGCUUUCUGUUGAAAAAAUGAUCAGAUUUGAGGGUUUAUUUUGAAAAAUGUGGGUAAAAAUCGACUUUAAUCGCUUUUUUCAGAUUUUUUUUGAGUUUGAGAAUAAAUUUGGGCUGAAAAAUGAUCUUGAUGUUGAAAAAAUGAACAGAUUCGAGGUUUAUUCUGAAAAAUGUGGGCUCUAAUUGACUUUAGGCACUUUUUUCAGAGUUUUUAUGAUUCCAGAAAAAUUUUGGGCCGAAAAAAUGAGUUUUUCUGUUGAAAAAAUGAACAGUUUUAAGGGCUUUAUCCUGAAAAAAAUUGGGCUAAAAUCGACUUUUCUCACUCUUUUUUUCAAAUUUGUUGGUUUGAAUGUUCAUAUUUUCUAUAAGAAAAGCAGCAAAAGAAAUAUAAGAUGAUUCUGAGAAAAAAAAACUCUGAAAAAAAUGAAAUUUCCUUGGAAAAAAAUUAACAGACCCGGGGAUUUAUUUUUGAAAAAAAUGGCCUAAAAAUCGACUUUUUCCAGUUUUUUUCCAGUCUGGAUUUGUUUAAAAAAAUUAGUUAUUUUUUUGUCUUCUUUCAUGAUUUUUUUAGAAUAAAUUUGAAGAAUAUAAGAAAUAGGGUGAUGGAAAUUUGCACUUUGAUGGAAUAAAAAGCUCCGGAAUUUUUCUUUUUUUACGAAAAAAAUUUGAAUUCCUAACCGAUUGUCCAUUUUUUCAUGAGCAAAAAAUUGAAAAAAUCGCUUAAUCAUUUUUUAAUUGAAGGUGCGAGUUUUUUAGAGCAGUUUUUGUGUUUUUCAAUAACUGACACAGUUUUGAGGUUCAAAAAGGCUUGAUUUUCCGGUUUUUGGGUUUCUAGUUGUAAAUUUUUGCUAGUUUUUCUCUCAUUUUUUGAUUUUUCCUAGUCUUUUGAUCAUUUUUCUAUGAUUUUUUUGUAUAAAUCCUAUAUGAAUAUAGCUUUCCCCCGCACCACUUGACACAGAGACGCCGAAAAAUGAAACAACGAACUCGUUUCCCUUGGCGGCCAUUUUCUCGGCCACUUGCCGCGAAAAAUUGAAAGGCAAGAGCCAUUACGGUCAUUCAUAAUUCCCAUCGUCCGAAUCGAAAUGCAACUUGAGAGUGCAAUUUUCAAAGAGGGAUUUCAACGGGAUCUAGGAGGGCUUUCCGAGGGAUUUUCUGGGAGAUUUUGAGGCUCAAAGUGUUUUGGAAAAGUUCUAGGGCAUUUUUACUCGAUAAACUUGAGAUUUUGUCUUUUUUUGGGGUCUCUGAGUCGAAAAAGGCAACUUGAGUGUGACAUUUCCAAAGAGGGAUUCUAUCGGGAUCUGGAAGGGCUUUUGGAGGAAUUUUGUGAAAGAUUUUUGAGGCUCAACGGGUUUUGGAAAAGUUCUAGGACAUUUUUACCUGAGAUUUCGUCUUUUUUUGGGGUCUUUGAGUCAAUAAAUGCAACUUGAGAGUGAAAUUUCCAAACAGGGAUUCUAUCGGGAUCUAUGAGGGAUUUUCUGGGGAAAUGCAGGAUUUACGGGCCCUUUGAGCGUUCGUUAGGGGUGCAAAAAGGUUUCCAAUGAUUGUUCUUAAACGGUUCCUUUUUACUGCCUUUUUCCACCCUUUCAUCGGCCUUUAUCCACCCUUUUUCGACCCUUUUGAGAGCCACAAAAAUUUUUAAAUUGAGAAUAAUCUUUACCAGUGACUGUGUAUGCACCAAAAUGUGCUACAGUAAUAAAAUCGAAAAUCAUCAAUGGCCCUUUUUGCACCCUUUUUUGAACCCACCAAGAAAAAAAGGCUCAAUAAAGGCCACGAAACGGAACCCUUUCAGCGGCCAUUUUGCACCCGUUUUCCGCACUUCUGACUUUGGCAAUGAUCAGAGGGAUUUAGAAAAACGGUUCUAGGUCAUUUUUGCUCGAUAAAUUCAAGAUUUUGCCAUUUUUUGGGGUUUUGAAUCGAAAAAUGAACGAUUUUUAGCUUUUAUUGAGAUGAAAUGUAGCUUAAAUAUCACUAAAUUCAUUAUUUUCUGGUCAUUUUUGGGACAAUUUCGGAUUUUUGUAGUGUUUCUUCUUCUCAUUUUUUUCUGUAAAAAAAUGAUUAUUUUAAUCAUAAAACUUUCAUUUUUUUAAAUUUUCUUCAGAAAAAAAGCUAUUUUUUUAACAUAAAAUAAUAGAUUGUAAGAAAAAAAUAUGUCUUUUUUUGUUCGAAAAACUUGAAUAUUUCAUGAUUCUCCCCGUUUUGAUGCUUUAAAAUGGCUUGAACAAAUUUUUCUCAUCCUUGAAAAAAAAAAACCGGAUUUUUUCUUUGAAGACACUUAUUUAUACAGUGUCAAAAAGAAGCGUCACCUCGAGUUUUUUUCCGUGUUGAUUCAACUUUUUUUUCCGACGAAAAAUGAUUCAGCCACUUUUUUUUUCUGUUUAUCUAUCUUCAUUUUUUGUUUGCAAAACGAAAUCCUUGAAAAAUCGAGUGGAAAAUAUUUUUUUAGUAGUGGAAAAAAAUGAGGGGAAAAACAUGAAAAAUAUGUGGAUUUUUGGGUAAAAUUUGGUUUUUUUGGGCUGGAAAUUGGAUUAUUAAUUUUCUGAAAAACCUUUUUGGUUGCAAAAAAAUAAAUUUUUUUCGAGGGGGGUUAAAAAAACGUUGGUUUUUUUCUGAAAAAAAUGGUAAAUUAGUUUUCUGAAGCUCUGGUUCAUUAAAAAAAGAUAAAAACUCUUUUUUUCUUUCUUUUUUUGAUCAAUCCUCGAAAAAAAUUUGUGGGGGGUUUAAUCAGGGCCAAUAACAUGAAAAAAAUACAAUAUUUUUCGAGAAAGUUGGUUUUUUUAGGUUGAAAAAUAGGGUCAUUUAUUAUAUAAAAUUCCUUAUUUUUUUGUUUUCGAAAUCAAAUCCUCAAAAAAAUAAUUUUGGGGGGGUUGGUUGGCUUGAACUAUCAGGACAAAAAAACAUAAAAAAUGUUGGAUUUUUGGGAAAAGUUGGUUUUCAUAGUUAAAAAAACCGAUUCAUUUAUUUUCUAAGCUUCAUUUUUCUUUGCGAAUGGCAGAUGCCUUGAGGGCGUAUUACAGCAAGAGAGUAUUUAGCCAAAGAUCUGUCAACUCGAGGCUUUUUUUCCUGUGUUUUUCUAUGUUUGUUGGCUGAGUGAUGGCCAAAGUGUGUGCAACUCGAUCCGAUCCCGGAGAGUGUGAAAAAUAAAAGAUUUGAAGGGGUUUUUUGUUGCUUUUUUUGAAGGAAAGUGGAAGAAGAGAUGAUUUUUUGAAGUUUUUUUUGGUUAUUUUGAACUUCCAGAAUCAAAUUUUUCAGUAGUUUUGGUAAUUUUUUUGAGUAAAAAAGAUUUGAAGCUUAAUAAUUAACGAAAAAGGUAUUUUUUUUAAAAAUCCCCCCUUCGCAAGCCAAACUUUGACGGCUGGGGGGGGGGGGGCUAUUCUCAUUCUAGUAUCAAAAACUUUUUGGUUAGAGCUGAAGUAAAUAUGAAAGGCUAUUUCUUAUUCUAGAUUCGGCCCCCGCCCCUCUUCAAUUUUUGGAUUAAUCAAUACAAGCUUUUUUUCCGGAUCAUUCCACCCCCAAACCAGCAGAGCAGAUAUAUUUCACCUGUCAGAGAGGGGGAGGAAGUCAAAAAAAGUCAAAAAAAUAAUGAAUCAAAAAGGCCCCUCGCCCCCCCUCCUACAUUCGAAAAUAGUUCACCUCUUCUAGAAUCCCCCAGCAGAACAAAGGGGGAGGGCGUACGGAUGGGACUUCUUAAAUAAGACGGGGGGUGAAUUUCGGAAAAAAAGAUAAUUUUUGUGAGUUUUCGAAGAAAGUUGGUUUGAUGAAAAAUCGUCAAACUGCAACAUAAAAUCAAAAAAAUGAAAUGAAUAUCCGGUUUUCAGACCUUCACAGCUUGGUGUAACUCACACUUGCGGAAAGCCGGGACCAGUAUCGAGACGAUUGAAGAGGACUUCCGCAAUGGUUUGUCGAUUUUAUUCUCCUUUUUUGAGCGGGCUAACCCACUAGCGGGUCCGCCCGAUCCAUUUUAUAGUGCGAUAUCCGAUCUGCUUUCAAUGCUUUAGUCAAGAUUUUCUCCCGAGGGAGAAAUUUGGGAGAACCCCUAUUUUUUCCGGUGUUAUCCCGAUUUUUUCCCGCGAUAUCCCGAUUUACUCCCGAGGGAUCCCGAUCUUCUCCCGUGCGAUCCCGAUCUUCUCCCACGGGAUCCCGAUUUACUCCCGCUGUAGAGAAUUAUAAUAGAAAUAGUCAGAAUUGAUAACCUGACCAGUUUUGAAGCAUUUGAACAGGAUUUGAAAGCUCUUUUUCUCUGAUCAAUCAAUCAAUCAAUCAAUUUAUUUUCCGCAACAUCGGGAUGGUAUGGUGAGUUGCAGGGAGGGAAAAAGACCACUAGGUGGAUUAACUAACCCCACCUGCGAAGAAAAAAGUUUUUUGUAUAUAGUCAAUCCUGAUGUUUGUGUUCAUUCAAAAAUCGGAUAAGCAUUCUAAUAUCAAUUUCCAGGUCUCAAGCUCAUGCUACUGCUUGAAGUCAUCUCCGGAGAGCCCCUACCUCGACCGGAUCGCGGAAAAAAAUGCGAUUCCACAAAAAUCGCCAAUGUUAAUAAGGUAUAGUAGAGAAACUUCUCUCGAAAAAAAAGUUAUUUUCCAUAUUUUUGACUUUGUCUGAUUCCUUAGGUGUUUUUGAACUUUUCUUGGUUUUUCAAACUCAGUGAAGUUGCCUUCAGACGCCGAAAUUUUAGCCUUUUUAGGUCUACCAGGAUUUUUUGAGUUUUUUAGAGUAUUUUCCUCAAAAUUAGUUUUUUAUGGACUUUCUUAUGGAUUUCCAAAUAUAGCUUUCCUUUUUUUUAAUUUUUCAGGAUUUUUUUCGAAAUUUUUUUCCUUCAUAUUGGUGUAACUAGAAUUUAUGCACUUUUUUCUCAAAGUCCUUAAUUUUUCAGAAAGAUGAGAUUUUUUACAUGAUGAGGGGUUUUGCAGGGUUUUAAACACGGUUUUCUGAUUUUUUUUUUUUUCGGACUUUCUCCAAAAAAUCAACUUUCUCCAGGCCCUGGAAUACAUCGAAUCAAAAGGCGUGAAGCUGGUUUCGAUUGGAGCCGAGGAAAUUGUCGACGGAAACGUCAAAAUGACGUUGGGCCUCAUUUGGACCAUUAUCCUUCGGUUCGCCAUCCAGGAUAUCAAUGUUGAAGGUGAACAAAAAAAAUUUAUAGUCCAUCCUUUUCGACUUGAAAGUUGGAAGGACCCUUUACGGGCCCUUUGAGGGUCCGUUAUGAGUGCAAAAAGGUUCCCAUUAAUUGUUCCUAAACGGUUUCCUUUUUACAGCCUUUUACCGUCCUUUCCUCGGCCUUUUUCCACCCUUUUUGGACCCUUUUAAAAUUGCAAAUUGAGAAUAAUCUAUACCAGUGGCUGUGUUGCACCAAAAUGUGCCACAGUAUUAAAACUGGAAGAAUCAAUGGCCGAGCCUCUCAGCACCCUUUUUGCACCCUUUUUUGAGCCUUUUCAGCCCACCAAGAAAAAAGCCUCAAUAAAGGCUGCAAAAUGGAAACCUUUUAGCGCCUAUUUUGCACCCAUUUCCCUCCCCCCUUCCGACUUUGGCAGUGGAUGGGGAAGGGAAACGCGUUGCGUACGCGACGCGGCUUUUUCGCGAGGACCUCGAGGCCCACCAUUUUUCCAAGCUCUCUUUUAUUUUGACACUUUUUUUACCUAAUCUCGAUUUUUUUUUAAACCUUGAAAGCAUUUAGUUGAACAAAAAAAACCCAAUGAUUGAUUAAAAACAAACUUCACUCUAAUAAUUUUCAUAGGGAGAAUAUUUUUUUUAUCCAAUUCUUGAAACGUAGAUCAAUUAGGUUGACCUGUGAAUCUUGAUAUCAGAGAAUAUUACAUUUUUUUCUUAAAUUACAGUUUGAAUAUUAUAAUAAUAAUAAUAAGACAUUUUUUUCAAAUUGUGAAUGGGGUUCUUCCGGUAAAAAACAGAGAAAAACCGAAAAAAAUUCAAGGAAAAAAAUAAUUUUCAUAUGAUAUGUUUGACGAUUUUCAAGAUUUUGACCCCCCAUGGUUCUGUAAAAAAAUAUCUUUAUUACCUUUACUUUCUUUCCAGAGCUCUCGGCCCGCGACGGCCUUCUUCUGUGGUGCCAGCGAAAGACGGCCCCCUACAACAAUGUCAACGUGCAGAACUUCCACAACUCCUGGAAGGACGGCCUCGCCUUCUGCGCCCUCAUCCAUCGUCAUCGGUUCAGAAGCAAAGAGUUCUUGACCAAAAAAGGCUUUUUCCAGUCCCGACCUUCUGGACUACUCGCAGUUGCACAAGGGCGACCCCAUCCACAACCUCAACUUGGCCUUCGACAUCGCCGAGAAGCACCUCGACAUCCCGAGAAUGCUCGACGCUGAAGGUUUGUCCCCCGAAAAAGCAAUUUCCAGAGCUUAGAACCUUUUUCUUCAAUAUCACCUUUCCACGACCCUGUACAGACGUGGCACGUCAUCCGGACGAAAAGUCGACGAUGACCUACGUCUCCUGCUUCUACCACGCCUUCAGAAACGCCCGCGAGCAUUCGGUCAGACCCGCGGUCGUCGUUCAGCCGCCACCGCCACCGCCGCCGCCUGAGAGGGACUGGCGCAAAGAUGUGAGCCGCGUGAUGGAGUUUCCAUGUUUUGUGCUGUCUUGUUGACGUUGAGAAGACGUCCUGGAGGUUUCCUUCCAUGUCCGAGUGGUUCUGUAUGAGCUGAAGAUGUCUUUUUGCGAUUUCUGCCGACGUCGAAAUCCCUAUAUAGUCGUGAAGAAGUCACACACUGCCCCAGCGAUUCUGUAUGAGCUGAAGGUGUCUUUUUUUGGCUUCUUCUGACCUCGAAGAUGUGCUGAAGCCGUGAAGGUCUCAUAUUCUGUCCGAAAGGUUUUGUAUGAGCUGAAGAUGUCUUUUUGCGAUUUCUUGCGUCGUCAAAGACGUUCUCAAGUCGUGGAGAAGUCUCUUACUGUUCCAGUAGUUCUGUAUGAGCUGAAUAUGUCUUUUUUUGCGACUUCUGCUGACCUAGAAGACGUGCUGAAGUGAUGAAGGUGUCAUAUCCAUUCCGAAAGGUUCUGUAUGAGCUGAAGCUUUCGGAAUCUUUUUUUCGACUUUUGGCGACGUCGUAGACGUGCUGAAGCCGUGAGGAAGUUUUUUACUGUGCCAGUGGAUCUGUAUGAGCUGAAGUUGCCUUCUUUUGAGUUUUGUUUACUUUGAAGACGUGCUGAAGUCAUGAAUGGGUCUUAUUAUGUCCGAAAGGUUCUGCAUGACUGAAGAUGUCUUUUUUUCGACUUUUGGCGACGUCGUAGACGUGCUGAAGCCGUGAAGAAGUUUUUUACUGUGCCUGUGGAUCUGUAUGAGCUGAAGACGCCUUUCUUUGAGUUUUGAUUUUUUCAAAGACGUGCUGAAGUCAUGAACAACUCAUAUACUGUCCGAGUGACUCUGUGUGAGCUGAAGUCGCCUUUCUUUGAGUUUUGGUUACUUUGAAGACGUGCUGAAGUCAUGAAGGUGUCUUAAUAUGUCCGAAAAGUUCUGUAUGACUUGAAGAUGUCUCUUUGCGAUUUCCUGCGACGUCAAAGACGUUCUAAAGCCGUGAAGGUCUCAUAUUCUGUCCGAAAGGUUCUGCAUGACUACAGAUGUUGUCUUUUGACUUUUGACGACGUCGAAAACGUUCUGGGGUCGUGAGGAAGUCAUCUACCAUCCCGGUGGUUCUCUAAAAGCUGCUGGUGUCUUUUUCGACUUUUAGUGACCUCAAAGACUUUCUGGAGUUGUGAAAGUGUCAUGUCCGAGUGAUCCUGUUUGAGCUGAAGAUGUCUUUUUUUGAAAAAGUUUCCGGAGGGCGUCAAGGAGACGUUCGCAAACGACUGUAGACAUCAGCGUCUCAUCGUGUGAAGUUCUGGAAUGCCAUAUCAUGUUGACACGAUGCCCAGAAUUCCUCUGUCGAGUUUGAGGACUUCCGGAAGUUCUGAAUGAUGAUUUCAAGAAGGCGUUGUUCCGAAGCCUUGGAAGUUAUCAAGAAGACGUUCAGAGAAAUUUUUCUGUUGAAUUCGUCGCAGUUGAACUGUAGACAGGCCUCGACAUACGACAUGAGUGAUUCUGAAGCCUUACAGAAGCCAUGAAGGCGUCAUGUUCUGUCCGAGUGAUUUUAUAUGAACUGAAAAUGUUUUUUUUCUGAGAGAUGGAGCCAUUAUGAAGUCGAGAAGACGUUGCAAGCUCAAGGUGACAUAAUUUUUGUCAGUUAUUCUUGUCCGUCGAAUUAAUUUUGAUUGAUUUCCGAUAAUAAACUGUGUUUUUUGAAGUCCAAUAUAAUGAUUUCAGAACUAAUGAGUGGUUUUUCCCCCCUUACAACCUGUUUUUACAGAUUUGGCCAACUCACAGCCCGAUGAAAAGGCCGUCAUGACCUAUGUCUCGUGUUAUUAUCACUACUUUAGCGGCAUGCGAAAGGUUUUUUCGUUUUGAAAUAACGCUCUCGGACGUUUCUGAGCACCUCUAGGGAUCACUUAAGAGUGCUGGCGCCUAAAGUGGUCACUAGAAAUGCUCAGAAACGAGUUCAUGUUGAUUUUUACAUGUUUUCUUCUCCCUUUUCGGUGAAAAUUGAAGAUUUUCAGGCCGAAACUGCGGCCAACCGAAUUUGCCGCGUCCUGAAGGUCAACCAGGAGAAUGAGAAGAUGAUGGAGGACUAUGAGAAUCUCGCCAGUGAUGUGAGGAAUUUCAAAUUAUUCACUGAAUCCUGAAAAAAUAAAGCGACAGAAUUGUUAAAAAUAGAGUUUCAAAAUUUGAAAAUGAGAAUUUAUACAAUAGAUCGCAUCAUUUUCAUGUUAAAAACUCAAAAAAAAAACGGAAAAAUGUUGAAUUUCAUCCAUUUUGAGGGUACGGUAGUCGGUUGUGCAUACACCGAUAGUCGAACCUGCACAAGUUGCGCUUUAAUUUACGACACUUUUUCAUUUCACUUGUUCCAGUUACGUUUCAAGUCGAUUAGUUGUGUUUUGAUCAUUGCUUUAGGUAAUAAACUGGCGCAUCGCAGCUGAAAAAAGUUUUAGUGGCCACUUAAGGGUUUUAACGUUUUAGUGGCCGCUUUAGGAGUGAAGUUAGUGGCUUUUUGAGUUGCUGAAAUUUAGUGGACUAGGAGUCUAUAUGGUAUUACUAGAUCCUUGAAACUGCUCUAGGAGCCACUAAGAUGCGGCUUCUAUAGAAGUGGCAUAAGUAGCCACUUUAGUGUUUUUUCCAAGUAUUUUUUUUCUCUUUUCACUAGAAACUUGAGUUUUUAUUUUAUUCGGAACAGGAAACCUUUUUUCUUGUAAUCCAGGUUAAGGGUUAGUUUAUCAUACUAUAUCACUAAUAUAUUUUAUUUUAUCUAAGUUUUUAAUUCAAGAUUUUUUUAGCGAUUUUUUUCAAAUUUUCAAUUUUAAGCUUCUCGCCUGGAUCAAUCGAUGGAUGCCGUGGCUGGCCAACCGCAGCACGGACGACACUUUGCCGCAAGCUCAGCAGAAACUUGAAGACUACCGUAACUACCGAAGGUAAUGUAGUGGGAUACGGUAGCCAAAAAUGCGUGAAAUUGACUUUCAACUGAAAUUUUUGACAUUUUUUGAGGGAUUUUUCGAUUUUUAACCUUUUUUCUUCUUACAAGAAAGACUUGCUUUAGUAUGAUUGUUGUUAAAAGAAAUUUUCCAGACGCGAAAAGCCGCCGAGGAUCGAGGACAAGGGACGUCUCGAGACGCUUUUCAACACCCUCCAAACUCGUCUCAGACUCUCCAACCGGCCAGCCUUCCUGCCCCGAGAUGGACAUCUCCUCAAGGACAUCCACGCCGCCUGGAACCGUCUCGAAGACUCGGAGAAGGGCUUCGAGGAGUGGCUCCUCAGUGAGAUCAUGCGGUAAGAUGCGGUCCAAGUCAUUAAACCUAGAAAGAUGGAUGAUUUGAAAUUUAAAGGGGAGGCUCCUGUAAAGACAUCUAAUGGAUCUUGGAGGAAUUUAUUCAAAAAAAAAAAAAACUUCCUGGACUUUUAUAGCCAUUGUACUGGUUUUUUUUCCGUUCUCAUAGCUCCGUAGGCCUUUUCAACUUGAAGAUUUCUGAAAUCUCGUAAUUUUUUCACUGCAAUCUCAGAGCGCAAAUCGUUACAGAGGAUCCUAUUGAAAUUUCCUGUUUUGCUAAUCGUGUCAAGACCCUUUUUGAACAUUCUCCCCAGUCCGAAGCGCAACAGGUUCUGACUAUGGUUCACAGGGUCACAAGUUCGAUCCCCGCCGCGACCCAAUCAAGGGGAGGGGAUAACGAUGAACUCAUAGUCUAGAAUGCUUUAGUUAAUAGAAUUAAUGGAAUUUAAUCAAUAAAUUAUUUAAAUAAUAUAAUUAAUAGAAUUAAAACGCUCCUUCACUCCUUAGAAUGCUUUCAGGGUUGAAAAGGAUCAAAAAAAACUCCAUAGAAAUAUUCCUUUUAGAGUGACUUUUUUGGUACCAUUUUGCGCCAUUUCAUCGGCUAUUUUGCCCCAUUUUUGCUGCCUCUUACUUUUUCCACCAUUUCUUGAGCUUUUAAAAUCCCAGAAAAAUGGAAGGAUCGAUAAAAGGACUCUUUUGGCGGCCUUUUUUGAGCCUCUCCCUUUUAGCCGCCAGUAUCCACCAUUCCGACUUCGCGCAAGAAGUUAGCACCGGAUGAAAUUAAUUAUUGGUUUUCCUUGACCCUAUCGAUCCCUUUACAGCCUCGAACGCCUCGAGCACCUGGCUGAGAAGUUCCGACGCAAGUGCGCCCUCCAUGAAGAAUGGGCCCACGGCAAGGAAGACGCCUUGAAGAGCAACGACUGGCGCAGCUGCGGACUCUACAAGAUCAAGGUCCUGGAAAGCUCCUUCAGGGCUUUUUCGAAGAGAUUCAGAUUUUGAUGAUCUCUAGGAAUCCCCUGACCCAAAAAAAAAAUUUUUUGGGGUUUUACUUCUUAGAACCUUUACUUUAAGGUCAUUUGUUAAACUCAAAUGAUCAUAAUUCUAUCUGUAGGUAUCCUGAACUCAUGUUUCAGGUACCAAAAAGUUCAGAAUUGUAUGCUUGAUAAUCCUGAAAGAACAGUACUUUUUAAAAAAUCUCAACUUCUACUAAAAUCUUCCUAUUUUAGCUUUAGGUAUAAACUUUAGAAUUUUAAGGCGAAAAAUUUGAUUUUUUCACUUUUCUAGGAACAGAGGAUAUCUCAGCGAAUAUUCAUAAGAUUCUGAAAUUUUUUUAAUUGUGUAAUCUUUUAGAUGAAAGUUUAGUGUAUUCCGCGCGACACAAUAGAGAAAAAGCUACCGUAAGCUCAAUUUUUUUUCGCUUCGAGACGUUGUGAAAAACUCUAAAAUUCGCGAAAACCAAAAAAGCCGUCAGACAGUGAGAAAGAUAACUAAAUUUGAGAGAUUUAGAGAUAAUUUUGCAUUUAGAAAAUUCAAUUUUGAACGAGGAAUGAAAAAAACAGGCGUAAUUAUAGAAAGUACAAGGAAAAUUGGAGUUUUUACCGAAUUUAUAGGAUUCUUGACGCGAAAAAAACGUGACAAGAAAUUGACCACUUCCAUAAUGAAAUAUCUACUUUUAGGCCCUUCGCAAACGGCACGAGGCCUUCGAAAGCGACCUCGGCGCCCACCAAGACCGCGUCGAGCAAAUCGCGGCCAUCGCCCGCGAGCUCAACAACCUCAGAUAUCCCGACAUCGGCCCGAUCAACUCCCGCUGCCAGGCGAUCUGCUCCCAGUGGGAUCGCCUCGGACAGCUGUCCUCCCAGCGACGCGAGCGCUUGGAGGAGGCUGAACGCAUCGCCGAACGUCUCGACACUCUUUAUCUCGACUUUGCUAAGAGGUGCUGGAAAAUGAAAAAGAGCUUGAAAAAUUGUAGGAGGGUUGUUUUAACUUGGAAUGGCUUGAUAUUGAUUGGAAUAGACCAAAAAACGAUUUUUUUUUAAGAUAAUCAGAAGUUUUCUCCUCGGAAAUCUUUAUCUCGACUUUGCCAAGAGGUGCUGGAAAAUGAAAAAAAAACAAAAGGCUGGAAAAAUUUUAGGGGGGUAGUUUCGGAAUUGGCCGCACUUGGAAUGGCUUGAUAUUGAUUGGAAUAGACCAAAAAACGAUUUUUUAAGAUAAUCAGAAGUUCUCUCCUCGGAAAGCUUUAUCUCGACUUUGCUAAGAGGUGCUGGAAAAUGGGAAAAAAAAGCUUGAAAAAUUGUAGGAAAGUGGUUUUGACCUUGGCCGCACUUGGAAUGGCUUUUUUAGAUAUAUUUAUGAAGCGACCUUUUAUCUGAACUCUGCCAAGAGGUGCGGGAGCUCUAGGUGUUGGAAAAAGGAAAAAAAGACUUGAAAAUAGAAAGGAAGGUUUUUUUUGGUCGCAUUUGGAAUGGCUUAUUAAGAGAGAUACUCUUGAUGUGAUUUUUUGUCCAAAUUAUUCUAGAUUUUAAGGAGUUUUUGGUGACGAAAAAUUAGAAAACUAGCUUUGAAAAAUCAUAGGAAGGUAAUUUUGACCUUGGCCGCACUUGGAAUGGCUGAACCAAAAAAAAUAGAAUUAUGGGAUUUCUUCACGCUUUUGUAACCGAGCUUGGUCAAGGAGAUUUUAAGCUUGAAAAAUUGAAAAAUCGAGUUUUUACCUUGGCCGCACCUGGAAUGGCUUCUUUAGAGAUAUUUUCUUGAUCAGAUUUUUUAUCCGAUUUUUUCUAAAGGCUUAAAAAUUCUCAGUGUCGAAAAAUGGAAAAAUGGUUAAAAACGAGAAAAAAAUGCUUAUGGUGAAGCAUAAUUCGCGCUGGAACUUGUUUGUGAUUUUUUUUUUUCGGGUUACGGUAGUAGGUUGUGUAUACACUGACACUAAUUUUCUGCACGGAAAACAAUUUAUUUGACGACAAUUUUAUCAUUUUUCUCUUUUUCCGUUUUUUAAAAACAUUUUUUUUAGAGCAGCUCCGUUCAACAACUGGCUGGACGGCGCUCGUGAGGACCUGGCCGAUCUGGUGAUUGUCCACGAAAUGCGCGAAAUCGAGGAGCUCGUCUCGGCUCACGACGCCUUCAAGUCGACUUUGGGAGAUGCUGAUCGUGAAUUCACCAGCAUCAGUCAGAUUGAACAGGUGCUGGCUGUACCUGAGCGCUUUUUGAAUGAAAAAAUUGGUCAUGAGAUGGUUAAUAAAGCUUGUAGUAGUUCAUUUAUUCGUAAAGCUUGGAAAAUUCUCAUUUGCUUUUUUUUCUCAGGAAGUCGAGCACCUCGUGACGUCACACGGCCUGGACCGCGAGCUCCUGCGCAACCCCUACACGGACCUUGCGGCCAGCGACAUCCGCCGCAAGUGGGGCGAAGUCCAGUCGGCGGUGCCGCGACGCGACGGUCAACUCCAAGGCGAACUCCGCCGCCAGCAGAGUAAUUUCGCCGCUUCGCGACGUUUUCGGGAUUGAGGACUUCUUAGACUCCUUAGAUUGCAUAAAAAGAGCCGAAAGCCGCGCCGAGUCGGCUGCAACUUCCUUGUGCUUUUCUUGAAGCCCUCUACCCCAAAAACUGGAGAACCAGUGUCUUCCAAACUGGAGGUUUCAGACAACGAACGCCUGAGGACCAUCUUCGCCGACAAGGCCAACAACGUCGGCCCUUGGCUCGAGAGGGAGCUGGAGCAGGUAAAAGAGAGCCGGAGAUGCGGGCUUGUGUAAGAGAAGCCACAAAAGAGUCUGGAAAAAAUAGCCUCCAAGGCCGAGGAAAGUGCGCUCCACGGAUAAUCGUAACUUUUUGAGCAGGUUUUUGCCAUGGUGGGCAUCCUGGGCUGGCCCGGGCUUUGGAAGAAGUUCGGCUAGGUCAAUAAAGUUUUAGAAUUCCAUCGAAAAAUGUUCCUUGGCUCAUAAUUUCAAUUGUGAAUAUCAUAGUUUCUGUUAAAUUUUAUUGAUUCGAAGAGAAAAUGGGCGCUAUUUGGGCCAUACCGGGCUUAGAGAAUGGUCGGGAAGGGGGAGGGCGAUAGGCGGGCUGAACAAGCCCGGGGAGGACGAUAGGCGGACCAAACAACCCCGGGAAUUUGCCAAAAGGCGCUAGAGGUUGCUGUAAGUGCGCUCCAUGGAUAAUCGAAAAAUUCUCCGGACUCAGACUACGGUAAUUUUGAAGGUUCUUGCGAUCGGCCUCGGUGGUCGCGGACGUCUCGAAGACGCGAUUCAACAACUCCGGUCGAUCCAAAGAAACGCCCUCGGCUACAAGCCGAACUUGGAGGAACUCGAGAGGAUAUACCAGGAAAUGCAGGAGAACUUUGUUUUCGAGAACAGGAAGUCGAGGUUCUUCAGAAACCAAAAAGGGCGGGUUGAAUAAGGGAAGCUUCAGAUAUUCCAUGGAAUCGCUCCGUGUCGGAUGGGAAAGCCUGUUGACCAGCAUCAACAAGACGAUCAAUGAGCUCGAAAAUCAGGUUUUUUUUUUGUUUCUAGUUGAUAUUUUCAAUAUCACUGCAUCCCAGGUGCUGCUCCGCGACAGCAAGGGCAUCAGCGAGGAGCAGAUCGCCGAGUUCCGCAACUCGUUCAGCCACUUCGACAAGGACCGGGCCGGCCUCGAUCCCGAACAGCUCCGGGCGUGCCUCAUCUCCGUCGGCUACACCAUCCGGCCCGGACGCGAGGUUUACCCAAAGGCUGUCAUUUUUUGGAAACUCCGUUCAAAUUUGGCCCCACUCCGUAAUGUACCGUCGCGUGUAGGGAAAUCGAAAAAUGCGGACUUUUUGAUUUGGCGCCAAAAAACGUAUCGCUUCUCAUCAGAUGCCGCAGCAGCCUUUCAAUCGGGGCUAUUACUCGUUCUAGAAUCGCCCACCCCCCAUCAAGGAAAGUUUUUGACGGGGGAAGUUAGAGCUUUUUGAUGGGGGCUAUAUCUUGUUUUAAAAUCCCCCUCUCAGGGAAAUUUUUCGACGUAUGAGGGGUGAAAUCAAAGGCUUUUUGAUAAGGGCUAUAUCUCAUUCUGAAAUCCCUCCCUCCCGCCCCCCCCGACUUUUUUUAUUCUAGAAUCGUCCCCCCCAACUUUUCUAUUUUCUAGAAUCAUCCCCCCACCCCACAAAAACAUGGGAAGCCUAUCUGGAAUAAUCCUGACCCUAACUGUUCAAAUUUUAAAAUUCUAGUACAGUGACGUCAUUUGAAAACGCUCUGUGAAUGGCUCGCUCUUUUAUUGUAUUAUGACGUCAUUAGGGGCGGAGCUUAAGCGACGACUUGACAUUCAAAACCUGAACAUAUAUCUCCAACAAUGACGCGGCUCAAUUCAUCAUUUACCUAUCAAUAACUAUCGAGAAAAGGUCGAUUCUGAAGUCUGUCGUCUUCAGGGCGACGCCGAGCUCCACCGAAUCCUCGCCCACGUCGACCCCAACCGCAUGGGUCGCGUACCUUUCGAGGCCUUCCUCGACUUCAUGACCCACGAACACGCCGACCAGGACACCGUCGAGCAGAUGAUCGACUCGUUCCGCGUCUUGGCUGCUGGAAAGGUGAGGAUUCUGAAGACGUGGAAAUGGCCCUCCUUGAAGAUUUCAAUGCUCAAGUGGUCACUAAUCGAUAGAUUGAUUAGAAUGACGGCAUUUUCAAAGUAAUUAUACAUGACGUCACUUUGAAUCUCUGAAGAAACCAUGACGUCAUCUUGUUGGGAUGAUGACGUCAUUGAUUUUUAUAAGUGCUAACUUAAGGUGAAAAAUGACGUCAUCAGUUUGAUUGCUGAUGACGUCAUUCAAGGCUUUUUCGAUAAUAUGACGUCAUAUCCAUAAUUUUGGUCUUAAUGACGUCAUUAUUACGUUCAGCGUCUUUUUUUUUGAGUAGUGAAGAUUUAAUAGAGCCAAAAUUGGUUGAUUUUCAAUUGGAGGUCUUUUCUUGAACUAUGACGUCAUAAUUCGAGGCGAUGACGUCAUAGAUCACCUCUUUCUUGAUUAAAUUCUGUUUUUUUUUUCUAAAAAUGUUAGGUUAAAGACGAAGGUUUCACUAUAGGGACGUCAUAAACAGAUCUUUCGAGUUUAUUUUAGUACUCUUACGUAUUUUUCAAGGUCCAGAAGCCUUGAAUGACCUGAAAUGGCUCUUCUUCGAGACCUUUAUAGAAUUAGGCUAUGCUCCUUUAAAUUUAUCGAGACUGAAUAAUCACUAUUCUAGCCGUUCAUCACGGCCGACGAGUUGGAACGAGAGCUGCCGCGCGACCACGCGGCCUACUGUAUCGCGAGAAUGGCGCCCUACCGAGAUCCCUCGGCCCCGCCCCGUUCCUACGACUACGUCACCUUCAGCCGCAGCUUGUACUCUCAAUAA